AGGAACGAGGAUUUCAUCUAAAAGCAUAGCGUGGGCACUAGGCGAGGAGGCGAGUGGAGACCACCUGGCACGGGCAGAGGUGCCUGGAGCCCACGCUUGAGCAUCGGAGACCCUGGCAUCCUAGCAGUCGCGACCUUGGCUCUACCCUGUCUGAGUUGGAAAUACAGCUUAGCUCCUAGACAUCGCUGGCACAGGCCUGGCACAAGUAAGCAGUGUUCUCACCUGUCUGAAACGGGACACGGGGUCGGAGGAACCAGGAUCUAGCCUGGCCCCAAGCGGAGAUCUCUGGUGGCCCAGAGGUGGUCACUGGGGAGCCUACCUCCUGCCCUAGCCCCACUGGUGCGGAUGUGCCGCUGCCCACCGGAGCACCAUGAUGGCAGGAUGACCUCAACCGAAGUAGCAGCAGCAGCUGGUGGUGCUCGGGUGGCUGGGCCCCCCGAGUGGCCCCCUGGCAGCCCUCAGGCCCUCCGGCAGCCUGGCCGGGCCCGGGUGGCCAUGGCAGCACUGGUGUGGCUGCUGGCCGGAGCCAGCAUGUCAAGCCUCAACAAGUGGAUCUUCACAGUGCACGGCUUUGGGCGGCCCCUGCUGCUGUCCGCGCUGCACAUGCUGGUGGCAGCCCUGGCAUGCCACCGGGGGGCACGGCGCCCCAUGCCAGGCGGCACUCGCUGCCGAGUCCUACUGCUCAGCCUCACCUUCGGCACUUCCAUGGCCUGUGGCAACGUGGGCCUAAGGGCUGUGCCCUUGGACCUGGCACAACUAGUCACUACCACGACGCCUCUGUUCACCCUGGCCCUGUCGGCACUGCUGCUGGGCCGCCGCCACCACCCGCUGCAGUUGGCGGCCAUGGGUCCGCUCUGCCUGGGGGCCGCCUGCAGCCUGGCUGGAGAGUUCCGGACACCCCCCACUGGCUGUGGCUUCCUGCUGGCAGCCACCUGCCUCCGAGGACUCAAGUCGGUUCAGCAAAGUGCCCUGCUGCAGGAGGACAGGCUGGACGCGGUGACCCUGCUCUACGCCACCUCGCUGCCCAGCUUCUGCCUGCUGGCGGGUGCAGCCCUGGUGCUGGAGGCUGGCGUCACCCCACCGCCCGCUGCUGGUGACUCUCGCCUCUGGGCCUGCAUCCUGCUCAGCUGCCUCCUGUCUGUUCUCUAUAACCUGGCCAGCUUCUCCCUGCUGGCCCUCACCUCUGCCCUCACCGUCCACGUCCUGGGCAACCUCACCGUAGUGGGCAACCUCAUCCUGUCCCGGCUCUUGUUUGGCAGCCGCCUCAGUGCCCUCAGCUACGUGGGCAUCGCACUCACUCUUUCAGGAAUGUUCCUUUACCACAACUGCGAGUUUGUGGCCUCCUGGGCUGCCCGUCGGGGGCUGUGGCGGAGGGACCAGCCCAGCAAGGGUCUUUGAGACCUAGGGGAUCUCAGGAGCCACCUGGGAUGGCCCUGGCCUGAAUCCAACCCUCAGCCAUGGCCAUAGGAAGAAUGGAAAACAGGGCU